AUGUCGCGGCUUCGGAAUCUGGUGUUUUUGUUGCUGGUGACGGCGGUCAGAAGUCGGAAUGAGACCGAGGAGGACAGAGAAGGUCUGCAGCCACAUGCCCCCACCAGUGGCAUCUUUAGCAUACCCUGCGGCGAUCUUAUGCUCACCGGGCGUCCGAUGUGAGUUUUAGCAUGGUGAAUAUAAUUACUUUUGGCUUGUUUUUUUAAACUUGAAACUUUUUUUUAAAAUUUGAAUUUUUUUGGGGGAGUUUGAAUAUUUUUUUUAUUUAAAGAUGGGCGGGGGGGGAGGGGGAGGGGAGGUAGUUCCCCUGUCAGACUUAAAAAUUUGUUGCAGUAUCACAAAUGACUUUACGUGCCCGAAGCUAGAUGGCUACAGUGUUAUUAUGCCUUUACUCUACAUUCCCACCAACCUCCACAUCAGAUUCCAGAUGCGUGAGUACAGGCAAAAAGCGGAUCAGACCAGAAUCUGUAGAGAAGGGUAAGAUUGUCAAAAUAUCUUCAUAUCUUCCUCUUCCCUAAAGCUUUUACAUUUACCUUUAACCUGCUUACUUGAGGCACUACUUGAGUGUUACCUGAGAUAUUCCCUAAACAAUUACCUAAGGCAAUCUAUACAAAAUUUCAAAAAGUUCAACGUUUUCAGAUUCCAAAUUUAUUUGUCCGAGAAUUGUUCGCUAUCCGCACAAACAUCGUACUACCACCAUCACGGUAACCAAGCGGUCUACGAUGUGUUUCACGAUGGAGAGAACAUCACACUGAUGAGAGACGACACCGUCCUCGACCGCGAUUUCUGUAACUUUACGUUGUUCGAGGAGGACUACUUGUUCAACUUCAGCUUGAUUUCCACCGUGGACAAGAACGAAGCGGCGUGCGAGCUCUACUGGGUAGGAUUCUAAAAACUCAAAAAAUUUAAAUUUUUUUUGAAUUUUUUUUAAUUACUGAGCUAUAUUCAUGAUGUUCUGAACUAUAUUCGUGGUUUCGAGCUAUAUUCGUUAUACCUUAUCAAGCAAAUUUGUUUUAGGACGAACAAACGACGAACCUGUUCAUCGACCGAACUCCCUUCAACGACACCUACAGACGCGACCCCUACUACGAUGAAGAGAUGGAGAUUCAGCAGAACUUGCAAGAUGAGUACGCUACCUUGUGGCACAAAAUUGUACACUUUUACCCAGAUAUUUGCUGGAUCAUCGCCAUUGUUUUUGCCGUUCUUUUGUAAGUUCUAGAACAAUUGAAGGCGUAGGCAAUGUCGUUCUAUGAAAUUAUAGUAAGGAACGUUAUUGACCUUUUGUGUCAAAACUAUUUUAAGGUACAUUAUCUUUAAAAAAACAAGCAUAUCAGGUUGUUCACAUAAUUAUGUGCCCUCUAACUUCAACUAUUUGCUUUGAGAAGGGGCACAGAAUUUUUUAAACAACCUAGUAGAAAGGAAUAUUUUAAGGCAGCUUGUCGUAAUCUGAAUGUUCUUUUAGUGUAUUGUUCGCGGUACUAUGCUCGUUGGCGUGCUUCUUGAUGUUCAGAUUGAGAGUAAGUUUUUGAUCUUUUAAUUUUGUUUCCAUCGAUUAUAUUACAAUACUGUUAGCAUGGUUUACAUUUAAAAAUGUUAAUUUUAUAUAAUAAAUUAAUAAAUCUGUUAUAUUGAAACAAAGAACUUCAUUAUCAACCUAACACCCACAUUUCAGAGAGACCUCAAAGGCUCGGACUGGAUGGCAAAAGACAAGAAGAAUCAAAGUAAGAAGCCGAAGGACAGCAAGAAGAGCAAGAAGAAGGAUACCAAGAAGACCGGCAAGGAGAGCAAAGCCAAGGACUCGAAGAACAGCAAAAAGAGCAAAGAUAGCAAGGAUAGUAAGAAGAGUAAGGAUUCGAAGAAGAGCAAGGACAGCAAAGACAGCAAGAAGGGCAAGAGCAAGGAAUCCAAGGUCUCCAAGACGUCAAAGACUUCGAAAACCUCCAAAACCUCGUCCAAAACUUGA